GGGUCACAAUUGCGGCGCAGCAUCAUCAGCAUGCAUUCACGAUCCUUCGUCAACCCACCGUUUGUAGUUGUACACAGCUUGAGCCACCCCCCUUUGGUCUGCGUACUCUUUAUUCUUUUAGUUGCAGUCCAUGUGUGUAAUGCCAUUGUCGUGGAGCGACGUUCCUUCUUGGAAAAUGCUGGACAGGCAACUCUUCUUCUUGGGGCUCUGAUGGCACUCGAUGUUCCGGCAGCAGCCGCCUCUUCCUCGUCAUCGCCCGUGGUGGAAUCCAUCUAUAUUGGAUGUGGCUGCUUUUGGCAUCUUCAGCACAGUGUUGCUAUGUUUGAACGAGACCAGUUGGGACGAAAAGGGGGACAACUAACGGCCAAGACGGGGUAUGCCGGAGGACUUGCUACCACUAAAAUGAACACAGACACGGCUUCCAGCAUCGAAGACGGUCGAGUCUGCUAUCACAAUCCCGAGGGAAUUGCCGAUUACGGUCAGUUGGGAUAUGCCGAGGUGGUGGGGGUACAGGUACCGACCGACAGAAUGUUGGAUAUGAUCCAGGUGUACUUUGACAACUUUGAUGCCAACACCAAAGACCGCCGUGAUCCCAUGGAUUUGGGAUCAGAAUAUCGAUCCAUUCUAGGGUUGCCAGGUGGUAUCCAGCAUCCACAAUACGCUUCCAUCAAGAGAGCUGCCAAGCGAGCUGGAUUCAGGCUGCAGACAGGCAAAGGCCGUGAUCCCGACACAUUGGGGACACAACUGGUCUAUGUCUACGACACUCUAGAGUUUCCGUUUCACCAGGCAGAAAUAUAUCACCAGUUUCAUAACGACUUUCAAUCCCUUCCGUAUGGACCACAAUACAACAACCUGGCCAGUCGAGCUUUUGAGGAUGGGCGGUUACAAACUACAGGAUGUCCAGAUCGCCUUCCUCCGUUACCCUCCACCACUUGAUCGAUUAAUUUAAAAAUGGAUAAUAUCAAUGAGUAUCAGAAGCAACACCUAUCAUAGUAGUCGACUACCUAGCUAGAAUUUGAUCUUUGGCAGC